UAAAUCACUCCCACUCUGUGCUAACCUGCACACUGGGGCCGCGCAUCGGAGAGGGCCAGACCGUAAUCGCCGAAUUCUCUUACACCAGGAGCCCACUUUCUGCUCUGGUGACAUUGAAGUGCAACAUUUGCAAAGCAUGUCUGGAAGAAGCAUAGCCGCCAGGGUGCUGGUUGCUCUGUGCAUCGGGACCGCAGUGCACUGCAUGCCCAAGGGGAACCAUAAGAGACGAAGACAGGCACCCCAGCAUCACGUCCCCUCGGUGUCCCAGGAUGGCUGCAUAGAGAGCGGUCAUUUCUACAACAUUAACGACCAGUGGGAACGGCAAUACUUGGGCAGCACUCUGGUGUGCACUUGCAACGGAGUCGCCGGGAUUAAGUGUAUAAGCAAGCCUGAAGCUGAAGAAAGAUGCUAUGAUAAGAUCAACCAGCAGUACUACACUGUGGGAGAAACGUAUGAGAGACCCAAGGAAGGCAUGAUUUGGGAUUGUACUUGUAUCGGAUCUGGCAGGGGGAAAAUCAGCUGCACCAUUGCCAAUCGCUGUCAUGAGGACGGAGCCUCGUAUAAGAUCGGAGACACCUGGAGGAGACCUCACGAGACAGGAGGCUACAUGCUGGAAUGCGUCUGUCUGGGUAACGGCAAAGGAGAAUGGACCUGCAAGCCUGUCGCUGAGCGUUGCUAUGACAACGCUGCGGGGACAUCCUAUGUUGUCGGGGAAACGUGGGAGAAGCCCUACCAGGGAUGGAUGGUUGUGGACUGCACCUGUAUGGGAGAAGGAAGUGGCCGCAUAACAUGCACUUCCAGAAAUCGUUGUAACGACCAGGACACUCUGAGCUCCUACCGUAUUGGCGACACGUGGACUAAGACGGACGCCAGAGGUAACCUGCUCCAGUGUCUGUGCACCGGGAACGGUCGAGGGGAGUGGAAGUGUGAGAGACAUGCCUCACUUCACACGACUGGCCUGGGCACCGGCUCUCGCGUGAUCACUAAUAUUCAGCCUGCCGUCUAUCAACCCGCCCCCAUGCCUGAGCUUCCGCAAGAAGGACCCUGUCGCACCGACUCUGGACUGUCCUAUUUUGUUGGCCAGCGCUGGCUUAGGAGUCAAGGAACCAAACAGAUGAUGUGUACCUGUUUGGGCAACGGCGUCACCUGUGAGCAGUGGGAUGGACCGGCUCCAGUGUAUGGGGGCAACUCGGGAGGUCAGCCUUGUGUAUUCCCCUUUGUCUACAAGGGCAAGACUUACCACGCUUGUACCUCCGACGGACGUGCCGAUGGACAGCUGUGGUGUUCCAUCUCGUCUGACUUUGAGACGGACCAAAAGUAUUCUUUCUGUACAGAAAAGAACGUCAUCGUAGCAACAAGGGGCGGCAAUUCAAACGGCGCUCUGUGCCAAUUCCCCUACUUGUACAACGGCCGCAAUUACACCGACUGCACUGCGGACGGACGCCGAGAUGGCAUGAAGUGGUGCGGCACGACAACAGACUACGACGGGGAACAGCGCUUUGGAUUCUGCCCCAUGGCCGCCCACGAAGAAGUGUGCACAACCAGCGAAGGGGUCAUGUACCGUGUGGGGGACCAGUGGGACAAACGCCACGACGUUUUGGGUCACAUGAUGCGCUGUACUUGUGUGGGCAACGGUCGAGGGGAAUGGAGUUGCGUCGCCUACUCCCAACUUAAAGACCAGUGUAUUGUGGAUACUCUGACCUAUGAGGUGAACCAGACCUUCACCAAGCAGCACGAAGAAGGCUAUAUGAUGAACUGCACCUGUUUUGGACAGGGGCGUGGCCGCUGGAAGUGCGAUGCUAUUGACCAGUGCCAGGAACCAGAGACAAGAGCCUUCUACCAGAUUGGCGAGUCUUGGGACAAAGUCAUCCAUGGAAUCAUGUACAAGUGCUAUUGCUAUGGUAACAGCAUCGGAGAGCUCAGCUGCGAGCCCCAGCAGUCCUAUCCUGGCGGUCAGCGUCCUGUCCAGGUGAUCAUAACGGAAUCUGGCAACCAACCCAACUCCCACCCCAUUCAAUGGAACGCCCCGCCCUCUGCUCACAUCGCACAAUACAUUCUCAAAUGGAGAGUGAAAAACAGCAACAGUGCAUGGAUGGAGGUGAUGAUCCCCGGUCAUCUGAACUCCUAUACCAUCUCCGGAUUGAAACCGGGCAUCACCUACGAAGGUCAGCUGAUCAGCGUGUUGCGGUUUGGACGGCAGGAGAUCACGCGCUUUGACUUCACCACACAUUACGGAUCAUUGGCUACAUCACAAGGCGAGACCACACAACCCCCACCGGUGGUGGACACCUCCGAGUCGGUGACGGAAAUCACCUCCAGUAGCUUCGUCAUCUCUUGGGUCUCUGCCUCCGACACGGUGUCUGGUUUUAGAGUAGAGUAUGAACUCAACGAGCAGGGACAGAGCGCCGGGGAGCCGGUGGUUCUGGACCUUCCCCGUACGGCUACGUCGGUGAAUAUUAAUGAGCUGCUACCUGGAAGGAAGUACACCGUUAACGUCUACGAGGUGACUGAUGCUGGAGAGGACAACCUCAUUCUUUCCACUUCGCAAACCACUGCUCCCGAUGCCCCCGCUGAACAUGAAGUGGAGGAUAUUGGAGAAACUUCCAUUGUGAUUAGCUGGGAUAAACCACUGGCUCCCAUCACCGGCUAUCGAGUCGUCUACACGCCAUCCAUAGAAGGCGAAAGCACCGAGCUGACCCUCCCUGAUACAGCGACCUCCGUGACGCUGAGUGAUCUGCGGCCGGGGAAAUUGUACAAUAUUAGCAUCUACGCAGUGGAGGACAGCUUGGAGAGCGAGCCCAUUUUUGUCCAGGUCAACACCGCUGGGGAUCCACUGCCAGAGGAAGUCGCCUCCCCAACAGACCUGCAGUUUUACGAGGUAUCAGAUAAGAAAAUAGUUCUGACCUGGUCCGGGCCAGCCGGCGACGUCUCAGGUUACCGGGUCACCGUGGUCCCGAUGGACGAGUCUGGCUCUCCUCAGAGAGAGAUGACUCUACCCGUCAGCCAAAACGCUUACAUGGAAGUGACCCACCUCCAGCCCGGGACGCUGUACCGCUUCAAUGUGUACACGAUUCACAAUGGAGAGGAGAGCAUCCCGCUGAUUGGGGAGCACACCACAAAGCCAGAUGCUCCAACCGAUAUCCAUUUCGCCAACGUGACCGAGGACAGCGCUGUGAUCCUGUGGUUCGCCCCGCGAGCCAAAAUCAGCGGCUACCGUCUCUUCCUCGACGUCGAGGGCUCCAGCCCGAAGCAGCUACGCCUGCCGGCCCGCUUCACCCGCUACACCCUCCUCAACCUGAAACCAGAUACCGUCUACACUGCUACGUUGCACUCGGAGCAAGACAACACACUGAGUGAAGGAGAGCGAGCCGUCUUCACCACUAACCCACCGAUGGGUAACGCUCCCCACUUCAGCACCGACGUUACCGACACCUCUAUUAUCAUCUCAUGGACUCCCGUGCCACGCGUCAGCUACAAGUUGACAGUGCGCCCCAGUCAGGGCGGAGAAGCCCCCAGAGACGUGACCUCAGAUUCAGGGAGCAUUUACGUAUCCGGCCUGACUCCCGGAGUGGAAUACACCUACAGCGUGCAACCGGUGAUUAACGGCAGAGAACAAGGAAGCCCCAUCACUCGCCGUGUCAUCACACCUCUGCCGCCUCCCACUGAGCUGCACCUGGACUCGAACUCAGGCACCGGAGAUAUUACAGUUCAGUGGAAUGGAGCAAGUACACCAGACAUCACUGGCUAUCGAGUGACAUGCGCUCCCACCAAUGGGCAGCAAGGCAACAGCGUGGAGGAAUUUGUGCAGGCCGGCGAGAACUCCUGCACCCUUGAAAACCUCAGUCCAGGAGUGGAGUACAACAUAAGCGUUUUUACCGUGAAGGAUGGCAUGGAGAGUGUUCCGAUAUCAACAACCAUCACUCCCGAGGUCCCACCGUUAACGGACCUGAGCUUCGACGACGUUAGCGACACCACGAUCAGUCUUCGCUGGUCUCCACUCAACACCACAGCCAUCACUGGUUACAGAAUCACGGUGAUGGCGGCGGGCGAGAGCGUGCCCAUCUUCCAAGAUACGGUUAUGCCCACCACCGGACAUUAUACGGUUUACGGCUUGGAACCCGGUAUCGACUAUGACAUUAGCGUGAUUACCGUGACGGAGAACGGAGAGAGCGAAGCCACCACGGUCACGCAACAGACUUCUGUGCCGGCUCCCACCGAUCUGGGCUUUGGUCAGGUAGGACCGGACCUUAUGGAGGUCACAUGGGUCUCGCCGCGUGUCCCCAACAGGGCUGACAUCAACAACUUCCUAAUUAGGUACCAUCCCAUUGACAACGAUGAGGAGCUGACAGAAACCAGCGUCGAGGGCACAAUGAACAAUGUUGUGUUGAGGAAUUUGCUGCCAAACACAGAGUACCUGGUGAGCGUGGUGUGCGUUUACGAGCAGAGAGAGAGCUCGCCCCUCGUCGGUACCCACAAGACCACUCUGGAUUCACCGUUUGCUCUGCGCUUCUCUGAGAUCUUCACCACCUCCUUCACCAUUCACUGGCUCGCCCCGCAGAGCAAAAUUACGGGCUACCGCAUUCGUUACCAGAUGACCAGCGGUGGACGGACCAAGGAUGAGAGGCUACCUCCUUCCAGAAACCACUUCACCCUGACGGGAUUGGCUCCCGAUACCAAUUACCUGGUUAACGUUUACGCCGUCAGCGGGACACAGGAGAGCCUGCCGCUCAGUGGCAAUCAGAAGACCCUUUCCGAUGCUCCUACAGACCUGGAGGUUCUGGACUCCACUCCCACCAGCAUCACCAUCCGAUGGGAUUCCCCUCCCGUCACCGUGCGCUACUACAGGAUCACCCACGGCGAGACAGGGGGCCACAGUAACCCGAAGGAGUUCACCGUUCCGGGCUCCCAGUCCACGACGACAAUCUCCAACCUGCAGCCCGGUACCGACUAUACGAUCACCGUCUACGCGGUCACCGGCCGAGGAGACAGCCCUGCAUCCAGCACUCCCAUCUACGUCACACACAGGACAGGUCAGUUUCUAUCUUUUCCUCUGAGGUGGAUCACAUCCUCAUCACGCACGCUUUGGUUCUUGGUCCUUUCAGGAGUCGACUCCCCUUCUGACAUGAAGGUGAUGGACGUUAACGACAACAGCGUCACCGUGAGGUGGAGCCCCGCUCAGGGCCCGAUCAAAGGCUACAGGGUGACCGGAGUGCCCAGAAACGGACAGGGCUCAUCUUUCACCGAAGUCGUGGCUCCGGACCAAACAGAGAUGACUUUCUCGGGCCUGAUGCCAACAGUGGAGUACACUUUUAGUGUUUUUGCUCUGGGACAAGAUGGAGAGAGUUCUCCGCUAAUGGUGAACGCUCUCACAAAUGUAGACCGUCCCAAAGACCUGACCUUCUCGGACAUCGACUCCACUUCUUUACGGAUUCGCUGGGAGAGUCCCGAUGGAAUCGUUACGGCUUACCGGGUCUUGUAUUCCAGUUCUGAGGAAGGUGAACGAGAGCUGCGCCCUCCCCCUCGAGCGGAUGCCGAGUCGGCCGUCAUCUACGGCCUGCAACCCGGCACCGAAUACACCGUGAAGGUCAUCGCCCUGCAUGAUGACACAGCCAGCACAGCAUUGGUUGGAACGCAAGCUACAGGGCUUUCGCCCCCCACCAAGCUCCAGUUCUCCCAGGUUGGCCCCACAUCCUUCACCAUGCACUGGGCCGUGCCGGGUCAAGAAAACAGAAUAACGGGCCAGACGGGCCUCACGGGCUACCGUGUUGUUGUGAACCCUAAAAACAAGAGCGGACCCACCAAGGAGAUGAAUCUGGCCCCGGACACCAUAAAGGCCCACGUCACUGGACUCAUGGUGGCAACGACUUAUGACGUUCAUGUGUACGCCUUGAAAAACUCCCUGACCAGUCGGCCUGUCCAAGGAGAGGUUACCACACUGGAGAAUAUCAGCCCCCCUCGUCGCGUGCGCAUCACCGACGUCAACGACUCCACCAUUACGCUGACCUGGCGCUCCAAGACGGAUGCCAUCUCGGGCUUCCUGGUUGAGGCCACGCCCACUACCUCGACCACCUUCACGCCCAUUCAGAGGACCAUCGGCGGCGGCUCGCGCUCGUAUACCAUCACAGGGCUGGAGCCUGGUACCACGUAUAAGAUUAACAUCUAUACGCUGAAAGGAAACGGCCGCAGCGCACCUCUUACACUCACCGCGUCCACGGCCAAACCGGCGGUCAGCCCUCCCACCAAUAUCCAGUUCACUUCGCUGAACCCCAGCAGCAUUUCCUUCUCAUGGGAGCCAUCCCGCAGCCCGGGCGUUAGCGGCUAUUUUGUAACCUAUGAGCAGCCCGGUGGUUUGCCUCAAGAAGUCAUCCCCAGGCCUCACUCCGGCCAGACCUACGCCAUCAUCAACGGUCUGAAACCGGCAACGGAAUACGUCGUUAAGAUCGUCGCCCUGCAAAAUACUUUGAGAAGCGUACCUCUCGUGGGCAAAGCCAAAACCCAGCCAGCUCUGAGUCAUUCUAUCCUGGUCCCCGAGCUGCCUCAGCUUCCCGUUUCUCACCGACCCACCACAGACAUAUUGGACGUCCCAGAGCGCUUCGAUGACAAGAUCUUCGACUCCAACCAUGUCCACUUGGCCGGCACAAGCGGCCAGAACAGACCAGGACAGCAGGGGCAGCACAUCUACACCGAGUAUCAGAACCUCGGUCCCAACAAUGGACCUUACGGCCCCCGAGGUGGACCAAAAGAAGGCCAGAGACCAAUUCUCAGAGAACCUCUCGUCUACAUUCCCGUGGCGGGCCCCGAUGGAAACAGAGUGCCCUUGGUUAAGGUGAGCGAAACACCUCUGCCGGGCCUCGGGUUUGGUUUCCCCGACAAUGAGACCGAAUUGCCCCAAGAAGCGCAGACCGUCACGACCAUCUCUUGGCAGCCCAUCCCGCACACCUCAGAGUACGAGGUGUCAUGUAAUCCAAUUACACACGUGGAGGAAAGAGGCUUUCAGAUGCGUCUUCCCGGCACCUCGAACAGUGCCACUCUGAUUGGACUGACAUCCGGGGCCUCCUAUAAUGUGGUUGUGGAGGCCAUGAGGGGCGGGGCUAAAGAGAAGGUUCUGGAGGAAGUUGUCACCGUAGGCAAUGCAGUUCCAGGUGACAUCCCCAUUUCCACCCACCGCGACGUGUGCUACGACACCUUCACGCACACAUACCACGAAGUGGGCUCGGAAUGGGAACGCAUGUCCGAGUCGGGCUUCAAGCUGUGGUGCCGCUGUCUGGGUCUGGGCAGCGGCCAUUUUAGGUGUGAUUCAUCCAAGUGGUGCCACGACAGUGGCAACAAUUACCGCAUCGGCGAGAAGUGGGAUCGCCACGCCGAGAACGGUCACAUGAUGAGCUGCACCUGCCUGGGCAACGGCAAAGGAGAAUUUAAAUGCGAACCCCACGAUUCCACAUGUUACGAUGACGGCAAAAUGUACCGCGUCGGAAACCAGUGGCAGAAAGAAUACCUGGGAGCCAUUUGCACCUGCACCUGCUACGGCGGUCAACAGGGCUGGCGUUGCGAGAACUGCAGGACGCCAGGGGGGCAGACCCACGUGGAUGCGGACCUGCUUCAGCCUGUCCACUCGGAUGUCUUCGAUCGCUACAGAGAAAACGCUCGACGCAAACUGAACAUCCACUGUCCAAUUGAAUGCUUGAGUCCCGAACUGCUGGCAGAUGCUCAAAGCCCCUCAAAGUAGCGAAUGGCAAAAUGAAGAAUUCAGACGCCUUCCAGCAUGGCGACCACUUCAAGAAUGACACCUCCUCUUGUCACUAAAAUUAGACGUUUCGAUCACAACCGUGCCUUCUCACCACAUUAGCGCCUUCGGACUAUUUCCAUCAAACCUCAGUGCCUUUUUUUUUUUCCCAAAAAAAGAUCCAGAUGAUAUUUUUGUGCCUGGUCUUCAGUCACAGCAGACAUUUUUUUACAUUGGAAUCCUUUUUGACACACUAUACAGACGUAGAAGAAACACAUUCAAACAUGACACAGUACUGUUGCACCAGGUCUUUUGUUUUACUAUAUUUGUAUUCGUAUCUUAAAGUCACAAAAAUGUUCCACUGAGUCCCAAAGGCUCAACGUUUAGUUUGUCUCUGUGAGUGUAUUCCAAAAUGUUACUUUGGCUUUGCAUUGAAUGAGAUAGGAAUGUCUAACCGUGGUAAAUAUUCAAGAAUGCCAAGAACCAAACUUUCUCGCAAAAAGAUACGCACUGCUACUUGCGAGAUGCAAUGAAACUUUCCUCCUUAUGUUAAGCCGAGUUUAAAACUCAAAAGGUGACUGACCAAAAAGGAAAAGGUUGAAUUUGUUGUUUGAAAAUGUCACCGUUGUUUUGAGCUGAGAUGUAUUUUCAUUUCUCAAUUGUUUGCUUUUCUUGUUUUAUUUGUUUGUUUGUUUUUAUUUAUCCCUUUUUAUUCAGGCAUUUUGUUCAAUGUUAUUUCAGGGUUGUACACUUUGUUUUGUGUAAUGGUUGGUGCCAAACUGAACUACUGUGGAUCUUUUUAAUAAACUGACAAACAACAA